AUGUAUGUUGUAGAGUUUAUAUAUCGUACAACUUUGAAAGACUUGAAUCACUUAUCACUUCAAGACAUUAUAAGACUGGAAGUACUCAACACUAAAUUCAAUGUCAUUAUCACUGAAACAAAUGGACACAAAAAAUCUUCGGCCACUUUAGUCAACAAAACUGUUUCCCAAUUAACGUUAGUUUCAAUGAUUGUCUGUCCGGUCAUCGGAUGUGGACUAAUGUUUCCCACAAUUGAGUUAUUGGAAAACCACUUAAAGACUCAUUCCUCUGGAAGUAUUACUAUUAACAACAAAGUGACAAUUCUGAAAGACUUGAAUCACUUAUCACUCGAAGACAUCCAAAGACUCGAAGUAUUGGAACUAAAUUUUAAUGUCAUUAUCACUGAAACUGAACGAACGAAGACAUCAGUAAAUGCUUCAAAAGACAAUCGAGUGGUGAAUAAAAAGAUAAUAACCACAAAGAGUGACAAUAAGAGGAAGAGUUCAGUGAAACGAACGAAGAAAUUGUCGCAUAAGAAGUCGAAGAAUGGAUUGACUCCAAGAAAUGUAUUGAUUGACACGAUUUGUGACACCACUGGUAAUGACAAUGAAGACCAGUUGAGUGACAAUAAGACCGAUGGAAACCAAUUGACUCAUGAAUUGGUGUCUAAAGAACCGAACGAUAAAGAGAUAACGACUGACACAACAACUCGUGGAUAUAAUACACGUAAUAGUCGUGUCAAACGAUUACUAAAUAUAACACAUAAUAACUCAAAGAAGAGUUUAGAAGAUUUAAAUGACAACAACACUGACGAUGAAGACUAUGUCAGUGACAACGAGACUAACAAUGAAAGUGAAGAGAUUAGUGAUGCGGAUAAUAAGCGGCCAUUUGUGUGCACUCAUGAGUCCUGUGGUAAACGUUUUAAAAGGAAAGAACAUCUUAAAAAUCACGUGAAUAGCGUUCACUCAACCGAUCGGUCAUACGUUUGCGAUUACGAUGAGUGCGAACAAUCUUUUACUUCAUCUAUAAGGCUGUGCGCACACAGACAACGAGUUCAUCAGAUCAGAAAACCCCGCAAACGAGUGACACCUAUUCGAGGCCCGUAUGUCUGCACUCACGAGGAAUGCGUCCAAACAUUUGAUUUCAGACCUGAUUUUGACCGACACUUGGUAUCAGUUCAUUCAACAUUCAACUGUGACAAAGGGAUUGCGACUAAGAAGAAGUUAACGGAUCACAAGUUGGAUUCACACCCGCCCGCAGACGGGGGACAGCCGUGUGUUUUUUCGUACGGGGAGUGCGGGAAAGUGUAUCCAUACAAACUCAAACGGCGGGGCGAUGAAGACUAUGUCAGUGACAACGAGACCAACGAUGAAAGUGAAGAGAUUAGUGAUGCGGAUAAUGACCGGCCGUUUGUCUGCACUCAUGAGUCCUGUGGGAAGCGUUUCAAAAGGAAAGAACAUUUGAAAGAUCACGUCAAUAGCGUUCACUCAACCGAUCGGUCAUAUGUUUGCGAUUACGAUGAGUGCGAACUAUCUUUUACCUCAUCUAAAAGGCUGUCCGCACACAGAAAACGAGUUCAUCAGAAGGGAAAACCCCGCAAAAGAGGGCCUAUUAGAGGCCCGUAUGUCUGCACUCACGAGGAAUGCGAUCAAAUAUUUGAAUACAGAUCUGAUUUGGACCGACACUUGGUAUCAGUUCAUCCAACAUAUAAGAGCUAUUUUUGCGAUUAUCAGAACUGCGGCAAAAGGUUUGCGACAAAGGCUCGGUUGACCGAUCACAGGCUCGACACACACCCGCCCGCAGACGGGGGACAGCCCUGUGUUUGUCCGUACGGGGAGUGCGGGAAAGUGUAUCCAUACAAACGCAAACUCUAUAAACACAUGAAAGCCGCGCACCGAGAAAAUAAGAGGCGAUUGAGUGUUGCGCGCCAACACAUGACAUGUUUGGUGCCCGGGUGUGGACUCGUGUGCAACUCAUUCAGUGAAGUAAGAGCUCAUAAAAGAGAGGCCCACCCGGAGCUGGUGAACCGGUGCCCGUGGCCCGGGUGUGACUACACUGAAGCAUAUGGGCUUUCUAUUGGAAGGCACAUACGUUCACACAGCGAUGAGCGGCCGCACGCCUGCGAAUGGCCCGGUUGUGACUAUAGGGCCAAAUUGAAGGGUAGACUCAUUGAACAUCAAUUGGUCCACAGUUCAGAUCUGGUCCACGCGUGCGAUUGGCCCGGAUGUGGGUUUAGCACCAGACGUAAGGGUGAUCUAACUCAGCAUAAGGUGAUCCACAGCGCUGUGCGUAACCACGCGUGCGAUUGGCCCGACUGUGGGAAACGGUUUAAGUUUAGGACACAAUUGAAUAGUCAUCUGAAGAGAGAACACACGGGGAAAGUGUUUGCCUGCGAUCGUAACGGCUGUUCAUUCAGUACUCGCGAUACAAACCAAUUAAAUGAACAUAAAAAAGGACAUGAAUUUAAUGUUUAA